CGUUAAUUACUGUACAGUCAAACCACGUUAUUUUACGUGCACAUUGUGUAAUUUAAGUCAUAUAGAAGUGUGUUAUCUAACGGUAUUUAACGGCUAAUAUGGCUCAACAAUCAAUACAGAUCGUCGGUGAAACAAUCACAGAAAAUGACAUAAAACCAAUGUGUUCAUUAUUAGACAAAAAUCUUGUAAAAAUUCUAUCAUGGCGGGAUUGUGAAGUUUCUGAUAAAGACUUUAAGAAAUUAAUGAGAUCUGUUGCCAAAUGUCAGUCGUUAUUGCAGCUUGCCCUGAAUAUUGGAAUCAUUAAUAGCGAAUUUAGAGUUCAACUUUUAGCCCAAGCAAUAAAUAGAAAUCAAUCAAUAACUGGCCUUUUUAUCCAUGGAAGUAUUAUUGGCAAUGAAGGCAUAAAAAUAUUAUGUAAAAAUAUUUUAAAUGCUGGCAGAUUAGCCACAUUAGAUGUUGGUGAUUGUCAAUUUGGAGAUGCUGCCAUACCUCAUCUUUGUCAACUUUUAACACCAAAUCAAGAAUGGCCAGGGUUACUUGAUCUGUCUAUGAGUGCUAAUACAGAUAUAACUCCCACAGGAUGGGCUGAAUUAAGUCUAGCUUUAGCCACAUCUACAUUGAGGUCAUUAUAUUUAGACUACAAUAAACUGGGAGAUCAAACAGCAGCAUGUAUUAUUGUGGGUGUGGCCGGGUGUGGUACUCUAGAGGUUAUAGAUAUGGAAGGUACAGCAGUGACACAGAAAACUGCAAAACUUAUCUUAAAUUUGGUAGAGAAUUAUGCAGUUCGACUAAAAAAAGUGUCUUUAAGUGGAAACAAAGUUCUAAAGGCAACAGUGGAAGCCAUUAAAUUCUGUUUACGUGAUUUGAUGGAAGAAACUGACGAGACUGAAGCAUGUGACAGUGAUUUAAUAUCUAUUACAACUAGAAGUAGUUUAGGUUUUCCAAAACAAACUCAAGUCAAAGUGGUUAUGUCUUCAUGCGAAAUGGAGACUGGCAAUGACACGGAUCAGACAAUUCAAGAUUAUUCUCUACAUAGUGAAGUCGUUGAACAACCAGAUCACCAGGCAUCAUCCGCAUCAGUGAACGAAAAUGAACAAACCUCAGCCGAUAAUGAAGUUGUUGAAGAGGAGGAAGAAGAAUUUGAUGAUGAUGUAAAAGAGGUUCCUGUUUAUUAUACAGGUAUACCUGUCACGUUUUGAUCGUCAAGGUGUAUUUGAAACUUAUUACCUGGAAUUUAUUUCCAUUUUGACAUACAUUCCAUGAUAUAAACUUCAAUAUAUCUUGCUUUGAUGUUCAAGCUCCUGUUUAUAUUGACUUAAUCAUCGAUAUGUUAUAUGAUACAUAGAAAGCUAUUUUAUUACAAAACUACCGGCCAUUAAGUAUAGAUCCCUGCUCAGCUGGCUUUAAUUGCAGUAAUGUUUGUCCUGCUUGUUAAAUCAGCUGUGUGAUAAUUUUGGAUUAUCGUGAGCUAUAAAGGUGAAUUUUAGUGUUCAAUUCUGUUAUCCUAUCAUUAGAAAACAGUAUUUUAAGUUUCUGUGUUAGUGAUUUGGGUGUCAGGUAGAUGCCUAAUUAUCUACAUGUAUAAGCUGUGAUUAUUUGUGUUUGCCGUCCAUUUGUUCAAAGAAAGUGUUUGUGUUUAUGAAAAAUAACAUUUUGGUGAUGGGAGAAAAUUGAUGUACAUGUAUCUGUGUUGCCUGGAAAUUUUUAUAAUUAUGGAUUAGAAAUUUUUAUUGUUUUGAAAGAAAUGGUCCACCUGUAUUUCUAUUUUCUAACAAAAGUGGACAGCCUCCCAGUUCAAGCUUGAUUCAUUUUUGAUGAUGUCUAUGAGAAUUUAGUAUGGAGUAUGGCAUCCUCCAUGUAACAUAUGGCAAGGCUUUGAUUGCUUUUAGAUAUUGAGAUAAAUUUAAAUAUAUUUAACCUUCUUAGGUCAAUGACUUUACUAAUUCUCUUGGUAAUUGAGGGGAGGGAGGGGAAUCAAAUGCAUGCGCUUUAGAUCCUAAGGUCGAUCACUGAGUUAAAGACUCUAGUAUGCAUGAUUUUAGCACUAUGGAUUCCCUUGCAAACUACGUGAAAGUUGAAACUCUAAUAAGAAUAUCAGUUCAAAAUUGGUUAAAUUCUAAAGAUAUGACGAAUUAAAAAUUCCAUCGAUCGAUCUAUAUUGAUCUCUAUGUAAUAAGAAGUAAGACGCCACCCACCCUCAUAGGCCAUAGUUUAAAUCCGACAGAAUCAAGUAGGGACAUUGUCUAGCCUUUGUAUUUUGAUUUUGUUUUCUUAAUUAAAUAAUCAAUCUGGCUACAUACAUGUACAUGUAUUAGCAUGAAUUAAGCCUUAAAAACAUUGAUAUUUUGCAAAAAAAAAUGCACAUAAAUGCAUAGUCCUUGGACCCCUGCACACCAAACUAUUAUUGAUGUCGUAAGUCAGAAAUGACAUAUUUUGUGUUGAAUGGUGUUUUAUUUAUUUCCAUUGAAAUCCUGACUUGUUUCAGUAUGUUUGCAAGCUAAGAUUGGCCAAAUCUUGUCUUUUGUAAGGUGUUGUUGAUCAACCUGAAUUUUUGUGUUUUUAAGUGUUGUCUAGGUAACGGGAAUUAUAUAUUUGUCAUAUUUAAUAUUUUAGAAUUAAAACUUUAAAAUAUAUGGAGAAUUUGUAGAUAUUUUUGUGUUUCACAGAAUCUGAUUUUUCACUUAACUUGAUGUUUGUCCUUUGGAUAAAAAUAGUCAAUAAUAUUUUUAUACGCCCACAUUUUCAUGUGGACGUAUAUUGU